UCAAUGCUGUCAAGCAAGUAUCAAGUGUCAAGAAAAAACUACUGUCUACUGUGCUACUUGCCGACUUCUCGUGCUUAAAAAUCCGUAAUUUGUACAACUUAAAUAGUUAUUUAUUAAAAACCUUUCCUCUUAAGUAAAAAGACAAGAAACAAAAAUGGGAGUGGAUAUUUUAAGUUUCGCUUAUGCCGCUACUGUAGCUGCCGGUGGUAUAAUGGGCUACGCUAAAGCAGGUUCUAUUCCAUCAUUGGGUGCUGGAUUAAUUUUUGGAUCAAUAUUAGGUAUAGGGGCAUACCAGCUCAGCCAGGAUCCAUCAAACUACACAUUAAUGUUAGGCACUACAACUACUCUUGGUGGACUUAUGGGAUACAGGUAUUACAAUGGAAGGAAGUUCAUGCCAGCCGGUCUAGUAUUCUGUCUAUCAAUUGGAAUGAUAGCAAGAUUAUUGGUUAAAAAUGUCACAGCCAGUCCUAUGUCAGUGAAAUCGGACUAAUUAUGCUCUCCCAAGUGCUCAUCCAUUGUUUCAAAGCAGGUUAUGUUAACCAUAGUUUUAGAACUUUUUCCUACUCAAUACUUUUAUGUUGAUAUAUUUAAAACUCUUGUUUGAUAACAAUUCUGCAGACCAAUAAUUUAUGUAAUCGUAAUCAAUCAAUAAGGUAUGUUUUUUCUGUAUGUGUAUAUUAUAAAAAAUGUCUUAAAAACUUACACACUCAAACAUACAAAUUCUGUUGAUUUAUUCAUAUCUGAAGGUAGGUAAUAAAUUAUAAUGUCUUGAUUUUGUGUGAUUGGUGUUCCUAUUUUGUAUAUUGUAUUGUAUAUUAUUAUUGAACGGUACAUGCCAUUAUAAAAACAAAUCGAAACGAAACAGAAGUACCUAAUAUACUGUGUAAGUGAGAUUGAAUGUUUAACGCCGCUCUUUUCGAUUCGUUUCUUUAUUGGCACGAGUUAAAAUAUUAUUACUGGAAUAAUAUUGAAUUUGUUUUCUGUUAUUAUUCACUUUGUUUUAAAUGCUGUAUAUUUAUGUUGAUGUAAGUAACAUAGGUGACGGGUGUUCUUCUAAGUGGGGUAAUAAAACUCAAAAUUUA